GUAAGGAAGAUUUUUUGCGUUUCAUGUCUUUUUUUAUUCGAAGAUAAUCAUAAUAAAAUAAAAAAUACUGGAGGAUAUAUCACCCGAAGACGUCAGGUAACUUCAAGUAACGAGUUGUAGUUUAUCGAGUCUACAUAUACGGAAAUAUACACACGCAAUAGUUGGAGUUUUAUAAUUUAAUUGUCAUUUUUAUGUAAUGAUAAUGACGGUGAUAUAGAAAUUUUAUGACAGCAGGAUGAUCUGUGUGUCGUUAUUUGAGCUGAUAAACUUUUAAAAUCCGUUGUCAUUGAUAAUGAAAGUGGUUACUAUUAACGGAUGACAUUGUUGUCUGACUUUUGUUAUUAUUGUUGUUCGUAACUGUAAGUAGCGAUAUAAAAAAAUUUCUAAAUACUUUUGAGGAGAAAUUUCACAAUCAGUGAGAUCACCGUCAAGGUGAACGAACAAGAAAACUGUGUUCAUUAAUGGAGUAAUAACAGUAAUAAUUUUUUAACAAUAAAACAGAGACUGAUGAAAGGAGAGUGAAAUAUUUUUAAUUAUUUUUUAAAAACAAUUUAAAUUUACUAGUCAAUUCGUUUUUUAAAAUUUUAAAUGCGAUGGAGGAUUACAAGUUUUUAUUCAAAGUCGUACUCGUUGGUAAUGCUGGUGUUGGAAAAACUUGUCUAGUUCGUCGUUUUACUCAGGGUUUAUUCCCACCAGGACAAGGAGCUACUAUUGGAGUAGAUUUCAUGAUAAAGACUGUGGAAGUAGAGAAUGAGAAAGUUAAGUUACAAAUUUGGGAUACUGCAGGCCAAGAACGAUUCAGAUCUAUAACCCAGAGCUAUUAUAGAUCAGCUCAUGCUCUUAUUCUCGUAUACGAUAUUUCUUGUCAACCGACAUUCGAUUGUCUGCCUGACUGGCUAAGAGAAAUUGAAGAGUACGCAAGUAAUAAAGUGCUGAGGAUACUUGUUGGCAAUAAAAUUGAUCGUGAAGACAGAGAAAUUCCUACUCAUGUAGGUGAAGAUUUUGCUCAAAGGCACGGGAUGUAUUUUUUGGAGACUUCAGCUAAAGAGGCUGAGAAUGUUGAAAGAUUAUUUAUGGAAAUAGCGGCUGAGCUUAUGGAGCAAGCUCGAAGUAAAGAAUUGCCGAGAUACGAGACGAACGCAACUUCAAUUAACGGAAAAACAACGUCAAUUGGUGACAGCGGCAGCUGUACGUGUAGUAGAUUUUCUUAAUUACUAAAGAAAAUAAUAAAUUUUAAAUUAAAA